GCGGGGUGCGGACGGCUCCGCUAUGGCGGCUCACUCUACCCCUCGGACUCGGGCUUCCUGACACCGCCGGCGAACGGGAGCUCGCGGGCCGGCGCAGUCGCCAUGUACCCGCCGCCGCCGCCGGCGCCUCACCGGGACUUCAUCUCGGUGACACUGAGCUUGGGCGAGAGUUACGACAACAGCAAGAGCCGGCGGCGGCGCUCGUGCUGGAGGAAAUGGAAGCAGCUGUCGAGAUUACAGCAGAACAUGAUUAUCUUUCUCUUGGCCUUUCUAAUUGUCUGUGGAUUCCUGUCCUACAUCCAUAUGGCGGACCAGUGGAAAGCUCUGAGUGGCAAGCCCACAGAAGAGCAGAAGAUGAUGCCAGAAGUCCCUGGGUUGAAACCAGCAAACCCUCCUGUCUUACCAGCGCCUCAGAAGGCAGAUGCCAGCCCAGCUUUUUCCAAGAUGUUGCCUCAGAGGCCUCGAAAGCAUUUCCGGAGAGGGCCUCCCCACCUGCAGAUCAGAGCCCCCAACACGGACUCCAAGGCAGGGAUGCAGGAUGAAGCUAAGGAGCAGGCAGCAGCCCCAGGGGAUGCUCUUCAGGAAGAGAACACACAGCGGACUGUCAUCAGCUGGCGGGGUGCAGUGAUUGAGCCUGAGCAGGGCACUGGACUCCCCUUGAGAAGAGAGGAGGCCUCCACCAAGCCUUCCUUGCUGGUGACCAGGAUGCAGAAAGAAGCAGCAGGGCUCCCGAAUGAGCGCCAGAAAGGGGUGAUCGAGGCCUUUCGGCAUGCCUGGAAGGGGUACCGCCAGUUUGCUUGGGGCCACGAUGAGCUCAGGCCUGUGUCCAGGUCCUUCAGUGAGUGGUUCGGCCUGGGCCUCACCCUGAUCGACGCCCUAGACACCAUGUGGAUUUUGGGUCUGAAGCAAGAAUUUAGAGAAGCCAGGACCUGGGUGUCAGAGAAGUUAAACUUCAAGAAAGACGUGGACGUGAACCUGUUUGAAAGUACCAUCCGCAUCCUGGGCGGGCUCCUGAGUACCUACCACCUCUCGGGGGACAGGCUUUUCCUGAGGAAGGCUGAAGAUUUUGGCAAUCGGCUAAUGCCGGCCUUCAUGACGCCCUCCAAGAUUCCGUACUCCGAUGUGAACAUUGGCACCGGAGUUGCCCACCCACCCCAGUGGACUUCAGACAGCACAGUGUCCGAGGUGACCAGCAUCCAGCUGGAGUUCCGUGAACUCUCCCGUCUCACAGGGGUCAGGAAGUUCCAGGAGGCCGCAGAGGAGGUGACGAGGCACGUUCACAACCUGUCUGGGAAGAAGGACGGGCUGGUGCCCAUGUUCAUCAACACGCACAGCGGCUCCUUCACCCAUCUGGGUGUGUUCACCUUGGGCGCCAGGGCCGACAGCUACUACGAGUACCUGCUGAAGCAGUGGAUCCAGGGCGGGAAGAAGGAGACACAGUUGCUGGAAGACUACCUUGCAGCCAUCGAGGGAGUAAAAACACACCUGCUGCGGCGCUCAGAGCCCAGAAAGCUCACCUUCAUAGGGGAGCUCGCCCAUGGCCGCUUCAAUGCCAAGAUGGACCACCUCGUGUGCUUCCUGCCAGGGACGCUGGCUCUGGGCGUCCACCACGGCCUGUCUGCUGACCACAUGGAGCUGGCCCAGGCACUCAUGGAGACCUGUUACCAGAUGAACCGACAGAUGGAGACAGGUCUAAGCCCUGAGAUUGUGCACUUCAACCUUUACCCUCCUGCAGAUGAUCUGGAUGUGAAGGUCAAGCCGGCUGACAGGCACAACCUGCUGCGGCCCGAGACCGUAGAGAGCCUGUUCUACCUAUACCGCACCACAGGAGACCGCAAGUACCAGGACUGGGGCUGGGAGAUCCUGCAGAGCUUCAACAAGUACACGCGGGUCCCCUCAGGCGGCUACUCAUCCAUCAACAACGUCCAGAGCCCCAACAAGCCCGAGCCUAGGGACAAGAUGGAGAGCUUCUUCCUGGGGGAGACGCUGAAGUACCUCUACCUGCUGUUUUCUGAUGACCCGAACCUGCUCAGCCUGGACACCUAUGUGUUCAACACGGAAGCCCACCCCUUGCCCAUCUGGGCCCCCGCCUAGAGCAGCUCCUGGCUGGGACUGCUGAGAGGGCAGUGUGGCCUCGCCGGGCCUGAGGUGUUUCACGGGGCCGUUGUGGUGCUGGGCAGCUGCUGAGCACCGGUACUCUUGCCCCAGCUCUGGGCUCUCCUGGUUUCUUGCUUCUAAUUAGACGGUGUGAGGAACGGGGCACGUCAGCUGGUGUGGGGUUCAGGGUCGCCAGUCCACCAGGCACCUUCGACCUUCAUCCUCAAGAAAAUCAGACUGUAGUUCCUGACUCCUGUGCCUGAUGUCCAGCAGACGGGCUUCACGGAGCUUCCUGGUGGUCCCAGGCCCCUGGUCGCCUCCUGAGGCUGCUGCGUCGUGUUCAGAGGGAAGAGCUGAGGGGAGGGCCUGCCAGGCAGCUCUGCUUGGGUGAUGGCCCAUGAAUGUGCCCUACCCCACGUUCUGGAGGGCCCUCUAGCCUGGUGGGCCGUGGCUUGGGGCCUGACUUGGGGCCAGCCUUUCUUGGAGUGGGUGUUUACAUGUUGGACUCAGGGAUCCUGGCUGCCCUGUGGGGGCUGUGGGGGCUGGUCGGCCAGUUCCUCUUGCUCCCAGGGCUCCAGGUGGAAUGGGGCUUCUCAGUUGAGAUAAAAGUCGACUUGCGACCACU